AUGCCUCCCAAGAAAGCUGCCGCUGCCGGCGCCGCCGCGCCCAAGAAGACCGGCUCGACCCACGCCUCCUACAGAGAUAUGAUCAAGGAUGCCAUCAUCAACUUGAAAGAACGCAAUGGUAGCAGCCGCCAGUCGAUCAAGAAAUAUGUCCAGGCCAACAACAAGAUCAGCGUCGCGUCCCAGGCCGCGUUUGACGCCGCGUUCAACAAGGCCAUCAAGGCCGGUGUCGAGAAGGGCGAAUUCACUCAGCCCAAGGGCCCCUCUGGCCCCGUGAAGCUUGCCAAGAAGGAAGCCGCCAAGCCAGCAGCCAAGAAGACUACUACCAAGACUACCACCAAGAAGGCUCCCGGCAAGAAGACUGAGAAGACUACGACGAAGAGCACUACCACCAAGAAAGCCGCUACCACCAAGAAGACGGCGGCUAAGCCCAAGGCCAACACGGCUAAGCCUCGCAAGGCUUCGACGGCUGCUCCUGCCGUCGUCGACCAACCCAAGGUGGUCAGCAAGACCAAGUCGGGCCGCGUCACCAAGACGACGGCCAAACCGGCCGCCAAGAAGAGCGCACCCCGGAAGAAGGCCGCUACGACAGAAAAGAAAUCAGCGACUCCUAAGAAGACCGAGGCAUAG